AAUUCGGUAGCGCAGACGCCGUCGUCCCGUCCGCGUCGGCAAGUGCCCCACCGCUGCCGGAAGAGGACUUCAAAGUGGUUCUCCGACCGCGUGACGGAUUCACCGACAACAUCAUGAGAACGGCCGCUCUGGAAGCGGCAGCGCAACUAGAAGACACGAUCCGAAUCAACACCAGCCAAAAUAUCAUUAUUGUCAGCACACCAAGAGAAGACAACGCCGUCAAGUACAGCCAAAUCAAGGAGCUCAAAUUACAAGAGAAGAGAUUCAGCAUGACUACUUACAUUACGGCGCCUGAAAACUCGGCCAAAGGAAUCAUCCAUGGGAUUCCGGACUACGACACACAAGAAGACAUUAUUAGAAGUUUGGCGCGUAAUACCCCCCGGGUCCUGCACGCCAGGCGCAUGGGCAAGACGUCCUCAGUUAUCAUCGUUUUUCAAGGUGAAGAAGUACCACACUACGUCAACUACCGAAAUACUACGUACCGGUGCCUUCUGUACAAGAAGAAGAUCGAAGUGUGCGGAAUCUGCCGAAAAGUCGGCCACCGGGACGAUGUGUGCCCCACCCCGAACGAAAAAUGUUGUAUCCGGUGCGGCAAGCAAAACCCGCCAACGGACCAUGACUGCGAACUAGUGUGCGCUAUCUGCAACGGCAACCAUCUCUCCGGCUCAAAGCAAUGCAGGAAACGUUUCCAAAUCCCCUACAUCAUCCGACAACGACAGUGGCAGAAACUAUCGGUGGAAGAACAGAACAUCCCUAACGAGCGCAGGCAAAGUAGAUCGCGAGAACGCCGAUCGACGCAGAACAGCCAAGAAACCAGUGCAAGCUUUUUUCCCGGAGGAUCGAGCAGCAGGAGCCGAUCUCGGUCUUACCCGAGACUAAGCUCAACUCCAAGUGCCACCGACUCCGACGGGACGUCGCGGAACCGGUCGAGUUCCGGGAGACGAACGACCCCGACUAACAGCGGUCCACAGGUGAGCUGGGCUAACACGGUCUCUUCUCCCAAUGCUCAGUAUCCUAAGAUGCAGGCUCUCGAGGCAGAACUCCAACAAAUGAGGCAGUUAAUAGAACAACAGAGAACCGAAAUCACUAAGCAGCGUGCAGAAAUCACCCGAUUACAACAAAAACAACAGGAGCGCAGUCAGACGCCGCGCCCUACCCCACCAACUAAUCCCUCACUCAACACCACAGCACCACCACAUAAACGUAAGGCAGAAGAUCAUACAGACAACUCUUCAGACAUAUCACCAAGAUUCGAGAAACUAGAACAUAUGAUUACUGAACUUGCCAACCAGAUGCUUCAGCAACAUCAGGAGAAUGGUGCCCACUUGCAACAAAUAAGCGCACGUCUAGACGCUCUGGAAACCAGAAGCACCAACCUAGAGUCUCGGGUAGCCGCGACCGAAGCCAAAGUACUUCGCUGGGAGUCGAGAUUUACAUCCACGGCCUCCGGCUCCCUUAAGGGCGUGGCAUCCAAACCCUAUGACCGUCCACCCCUAUCCGAAAUCUCUAAACCGAUCGCUGAACCCCCUCCACCUCAAAAUGGCUCACACUCCUAACUACAAGAUCUGGCAGUGGAACUGCCGUGGGUUUCGCCGCAAACGGGGAAACCUUCAGCAGUUCCUUCGGGGUAAGGCGGCCCCUGAUAUCAUUGCCCUUCAGGAGACGGGAGGCCACGCAAAAUUGGCAGGGUACAAAUCCUAUAAUGCUUCUGGGUCGGAUUCCACCACCGCUAUUCUAGUUCACAGAAAUCUAACAGUCAUUAAACAUGAUAUUGAAGAAGUCGACAUAGACCACGUCUUUAUUGAACUCAUUCCUAAACGUAAGGAGGAUGAAAGCAUAUUCAUUCUUAAUGUCUAUAGUAGCCCAAAGUGCCGACGUCACAAGUUCGGAACUCUAUUCAGGAAGGUUCUCAGAAUCUCCCAACAAAAGGCCAUAUUAUUAUUAGGUGACUUUAACGCUCCCCACACUGCAUGGGGAUACCGCACAGAGGUAGUCAAAGGUCGUAAUCUUUGGCUAGAAGCCCAACAACAGGGACUGACUCUGAUCACAGACCCCCAGACACCCACCCGUAUCGGGAAUAGUGUCAGUGUUGACACCACUCCCGACCUAACUUUCAUCAAAAACAUAGGCAACUAUGAUUGGACUAAUACCGGGGAAAGCCUCGGUAGCGAUCAUUAUAUCAUAGAAAUCCACAUUCAGGCGGGUCCACCCCGCAAGAAAGGCAAACGAGUUUCGC